AUGGCGCGCGCGCGGGAGGCGAAACGGGCGUCGUACGCGCCGACGUGCGCGAUACGGGACGGUCAGGAGCGCGCGCACGUGUACUGCGCGCGAUUUUGCGCCAUCGAAGGCGUCGAUGGAAAGUUUCAGCGAACGUUCGCCACGUGCGCGGGGACGCGGGCGGACGUGUGGGAGUGCGAAAAGUCGGGAAACGUCGUGCUCGUGGCGUCGUUUGAGACGCGCGACGCGAAUGAGGCGUUUUACGCGUGCGAGUGGUGCGCGAUUGACUCGGGGAAAUUGCGGCCGUGCCUGGCGCUCGCGGGGGAGGGAGCGGUGGUGCGCGUCGUAGAUUGCGUCACGGGGCGGCUGCACGUGAAUCUGGUGGGACACGGAGGGACGGUGAAUUCCGUCGUGUCGCACCCGUCGCGGCCGAGCGUGGUGGCGACGGCGAGCAAGGAUUUGAGCGUUCGUCUGUGGCACGUCAACACCGGGGUGACGAUGGCGAUAUUAGCCGGGGCUCGAGGCCAUAGAAAUGAGUUGUUGAGCGUGGAUUUUCAUCCCGCCAUCGACGCGAAAGGGCAGAUGAAGCUCGUCACGGGCGCGAUGGACAACUGCGUCAAGGUUUGGGCCACGCCGCCGCUCGCGGAUUCCAUGGCGAAGGCGGCGACUUGGACGAAACCACUCGCGAAUUUCAAAACGAUCGUCAUCGAUACGCCGAUGUUUUCGAGCAGCAGCGUGCACGACGAUUACGUCGAUUGUGUCGGGUGGUUGGGCGACGCGGUGUUGAGCAAGAGCGUGGACGGCAUCGUGAAGCUUUGGGUGCCAGACGAACCCGUGGGCGUGGUGCACGCGCGAGGGAACCAAUUUCGUUCGGUGUCGGCGUUUGAGCAAAAAGACGCGAAUUUGUGGUGGAUACGCUUCGCCGUCUCGGGAUCGCGAAACGCCUUCGCUUUGGGCAACAUUAAAGGUUUGGUGCUGGUGUGGCGCUUGGACGCGCGCGGCGGGUUGACGCGCGCGCCCGCGAGAUUGGCGGCGUUUCCGGUCAGGCGUAGCGCGUCAAACAACGUUGCGCCCGAAAUCGCGCUCGACGGCUUCGCGGUCGUUCGUCAGUGCGCCAUCAAUCGCGACGGCGACGUCGUCGUCGCGGCGUGCGAUUCGGGCCUCAUCUGUCGCUGGGAUUUGGCGACGCCGAGC